AUGAUAGUACCCGCUGCAGAGCCAGUCACCAUAAAUGUGAUGAAAAACAACCUCGCUGCAGUCGGUGCCACAGACUGGACCUGGAAUGUGAACCAUCUGAUUUCAUUGUCCCGUCCAAUUGACGAAGAAGAGCGUCCUAACCCGGCUUCAACUUGGGAAGUGUUCAAUAAUUCGAUUACUUCACUACCUCAUGUCUCGUCUUCUAAGCAGUCACCUGUAUCUCACGCAGAACCACCCUCUCUGGAUGGCGAUAAGGUCACAUUGAUCCAAGAGUUCCAGAACGGCGUAGGAAAAUGGGUCGACCUCUUCGACGACGAACGGCAUUUCCAACGAACAGUCGUAAAACGCGCCCUUGAAUCACCGUUGCUCAUGAAUGCGAUAUGCGCUCUCACCGCGAGACAGGUUAGCAUGGUCGAUCGAGCAGAACUGUGGAAGUCGGCUGCCGUCUACUACUACGCAGAAAGUCUCCACCAUCUGAUUACCACGCUUGGUCUUCCAGCGUCUUCCCCCGAGGACACGUUGCCAGCAACCAUUCUACUAAGCAGUUAUGAACUCCUUGUCCUGCCUGGGCUGGACCACCGGCGGCAUGUGUCGGGAGCGCUCACUCUGAUCAAAAGCCAUGGGUGUAAAGCUAGCUCGCAGGGCUUGAUAGGGGCGGCGUUCUGGGUGUAUGCCCGGCAAGACCUUGCAAUGGCUUUGGUGCAUGAACGUCCUACCAUGCUCCCGCCCGAGGAAUGGGAUGUCUCUUGGGUCGAGCAAGAAACAAGGGAAGACCGGCUGGGAAACAAACUGAUCUGGCUCUUGUCCAAGAUCGUUGCGCAUACGUUUGGAGAAACAAACGGUCUGUCAAUUGAAUUGCUUCGUAGCACCCAAACCAGCUUGAUGAGGGAGCUCAAUGCUUGGUUCGAGAGCUUGCCCGCAUCAUUCAGGGGUACAACAUAUGGGCCCCCUUCUCCGGAGGGCUUUGUUAAACGCUGGUUUGCCAUACCGUCAACAGCGGCUGCAAUGUGUAUGUACCAUCUAGCAUAUCUCCUACUGCUCGUGGAAGGGUGCAAUUUUUCUUUAUCAACUCAAGACGCUCUACAGUCUGAUAUUGACAACAACGCGCGUUCCAUCGCAAGUGUAGCCCUCUCGCCUAUUUCCGACGGUGCUCUAGUGCAAGCAGUACAACCACUUUUUUAUGCCGCAAAACAUAUCAACCCUGUGUGUGGAAAGGCUAAGAUAUGGGCGCUUUUGGACCGGAUUGAGAGUCAGCUCGGCUUCCAUACUGGUGAUCGAAUCAGGCAACUACAGCAGCAGGUCAAGACCUGCUGAGAACACUAUGAUCGCAGAUCAACUUUGACCGACAAAUGAAUGAAAUCAUGUUGCGAUACUAAAAGUACGAUGACUGGAAAAAAUAUACCAAUUCUCCUAACACAUUGAGAUUUAUUUUCUCCAGAUCUUCAAUGGCAUCUUAGCUGGCCACAAGAGGAAUGCUUCCUCCCAUUCCAACUCCCAAUUACCAUACGGCAACGCAAACUCAUAUCUAUGAACAAGCGUCGCGAUCACAAUCUGCUGCUCAAUCAUAGAUAUAUUGCGUCCAAUACAGCCACGAGCACCAGUACUAAACGGGAUGAACGCAUCCCGCAUUUGCUUAGCCUCCUCUCCAUCCUCCAACCAUCUCUCAGGCCGAAACUCAUCUGGGUCUGAAAAUAUUGUUGGAUCACGAUGGACAACGUAUGUCGGAACGGAAACGGCGACGUCACCAGG